AUGGAAAUACUUGCAGUUUGCCAUCAACUAGUCUUGGGACUGGCUCUGAAGUACUACUUGGACCGAGCAAAGUAUGGCGAGAAGAUUGAAGCUUACAAACAGUGCCUCAUAAGCCAGGUGAAACUUAUUAGAGAGUACGCCAAUCGUCCAAGUAGCGAUAGAAAGAUUAAGCAAGAUGUUGACGAGAUCAUCAAAUUCGAAACGAAGAUUGCGAAGAUAAUGGUAGCUGAAGAAGAUAGGAAAAACCUACACUAG